AGAAAAACAAUAUUUUCCUUGAUGUUUUGAGUUUUCAUGUUUGCUGAAAUUUAUUGUAUUUGAUAUUACAAACAGUUUUAAAUGUUUUUUUUUUUUUCACUAUUUCAAAUAAUACAUGUGAACUAUCAUUUCUGUAUUAAAUUUAGGAUCAACAAUGCCAGAUAACAAUCCUGUAAAUGACCAAAGAAUUUCUUUAUUUCUAAGAAAACUUUGGACACUAGUUAAUAGUCCAGAAACUGAUAAUGUGAUCACUUGGAAUGAGGUAAAUAUGCAUUAAUUUAAUAUAAUCUAAACAAAUUAUACAAUAUUAGGUACUGAACUGCAUUAAUGUGUUUCUAAUCGGUAAUUUCCACUGUCAAUUAAUGUUAAUACUAAUAUGUAUUUUGAUUUUUAUAGGAUGGUAAUAGUUUUAUAAUAAAAAAUCAAGUAGAAUUUUGUGAUGUUUUACCAAGAUAUUUCAAGCAUAAUAAUUUUAUGAGUUUUGUUCGACAAUUACACAUAUGUAAGAUUGUUAUUUAUUAUAAUUAUUUAUUUUAUAAUUUAUUAAUUUUUAAAUUCAAUAUAAAACAGUAGAAAUUGUUUAAUGUGCAAUGAUUUUUAAAUGUUUAAUGGUACAAAAUUAAAGGAAAAAAAUUAGGUAAAUGAACCAUAUAAUUGAUUAAUAAUAAAAUGCAAUAAGUGUGUUUAAAACUAGUUGUUUUACUGAUAUAUGGUAUUCAUUUUGAUACUAGUGGUACAUAUUUAAGAUCAAUAAUAAUCUAUAGUUUUGUUUUAAGUAUUAAUUGUCAUACUAAAGAAUUCAUUUUUACUUCCAGAUUUUAUUCAGUAGGUAAUUUAGAAUAUGCAAGGUUAUAACAAAAUGUUAGUUCAAACAAUGUUUGAUUAAUAUUAAUUCAAAAUAUAUACCUUAUAAAAUAUUUAUCUCAAAUUUAUAUGAUAAAAUCAAGUUUCCCUUUUUACUAAUUUAAAAAUAAAUAAUAUAAAUAUAAUAUACUCUGUCUUAUGCUAAAAUACACCGGGUGCUAACUAGUUUUUGUUUAUUUUCAUGCAUCUACUAUAGUAACCUGUCUUCUAGUAGCCGUAUAUUGUGGUUAAAUCUGGUUAAGAGUUUCUGCAGCUGUCAGUCACGAUGCGCAAACCCAGUGUAUUCUAGUUUGAGACAGAGUUUAGGUGUUAUAAAACUUGCUGUUAUACUAUAUUUCUAUAUUUUAGAUGGUUUUAGUAAAAGAAUAUCUGAUAUUGACCAUACAUCGCACCAUGGAACUUCUAGUGAAUAUGCUCAUCCAUAUUUUAUGAAGGAACAUCCUUGUUUAUUAUUAUCAAUAAAACAAAAGAGAGGUGAAAAAGUGGUGAGAUUAAGACAAUUAAUAAAAUAACAGAAUAAAUAUAUUAAUAUAUAUAUAUAUAUAUAUAUACAUAUACAUAUGUUUUAAUAGCACCAGAAUAUAAAAACUGACAUUGAUUCAAUUGAAACAAUAAGUACCUUAAUAAAAGAAGUCAACACUGUUAAAGAUAAAAAUAAAAUGCUUGAUAAUAAAUUUAUGGCUAUGAAACAUGAAAAUGAAUGUUUGUGGCGUGAAUUAGCAGUUAUUCGACAAAAACAUAUGAAACAACAAAGAAUUCUAAAUCAGGUUAAUGCUUAUGGUUUAAAAGUAAUGAAAAUAUAUAAAUUCACUUCUGAACAUUUUAAUGAUAAAUUUUAUUUUAAAAAUAAACUGAGGCAUUGAAAAGUGAGUUCAUUAAUUAUUCUUGUUCUUAAUUUGCCAAUUCGUUUUGAAUGUUGGCAAUCAUCAUUGAUAUAUGAGUUUUGUUAGUGGCACUUUUGAAUAAUUCUAUAGAACUAUUGUGAAACCAUGUUCUGAGAUUUGUUAGUCACUAUGUUCUUCUUCCAGGCGAUCUUUUGUCAUUCAUUAUUCCUUGUUGGAGAAGGCCAUAAAUUGUUAAUGAAUCAAACUUUGUGUAUUUUAUACAAAUAUUUUAGUCCAUAUUUUAUGGGAUUUUAGUGAAUUUUUCAGUAAUCUGACCUUUAACAAUGAUUCAUUUAUGUAUAUAUUUAUUUGUGUAUACAUUUUAAUCAUUAAUAUUUUAUAUUUGCAGUUAAUUCAAUUUUUAGUUACUUUAAGACAACCUGGCAGCAAUAAUACAUUAUGCCGUGAAGUUAAAAAUAAUGUUAGGUAUGUUCUCCCUAUUAUGCAUCAUAAGACAUCAGAGAAAACAGAUUCCAGUGAAACAUUUACUGUAAGUUCACACAAUUCUACUCAUGAAAUUAUAAUUUCUGUACAUUUAUUCAUAUGAUAUGUUUUUAUUAUGGUUAAGAAUUCAAAGUAUAAGCCAUCUACUUCAUCAGGGCCUGUAAUUCAUGAAUUAGAUUCUGCAGAUGUUCUGCAUUCAAAUAACCACUGUAAACUUAAUGGAGUCACUUUAAAGUAUUUUUUUUAAUGUUUGAUUUAUGAUUUUAUCAAUGUUUUGAAUAAGAAAAAAUGAUUUAAUUAUUUUGUUUUGUCACAGUGAGGUAGAAUCUGAGCUAUCGGAAGGAAUAGUUCUUAGCCCUAGAAGUGUUUCACAAAUGUUAAUUAGUCCUGAUGGUUCAACAGUUGAAGAAAUUUUUACACCUAAUGACAUUAUGAUUGAUUCACCAUUAAAUGAUUUGAUUAGAGAAGUAUCAGUAUCUCCAACUGAAGAGCUAUUAGAAACAAAACCAAUUGUGGUCACUGUUAGUCCACCAGACUCAAAUUUGAAAAGUGAAACAACUAAAACUCCUAAAACAACUAAAUCAAAUAAUAAUUUAUCUAAAAAGAGAGCUAAAAAAGAUAUUAAUCCCACAAAGAAAAAAAAGACUGUGAGUUCUGCAACUCCAUAUACUAUUAAAGUGGAAUCAUCAGCAAAUAAUGAUCCACCAGUAAUUUCUAUUCCAGAAAUGGAUUUCCUCGAUUCUGAAGUGUAAGUGUACAUUUAAAAAUUUUAAAUAUUCUUGUAUCAGUUUUUUAAAAUUAAAAGUUACAUACAAUUAUUAACUGAUAUGUUAAUAAUAAUAAUAACGUUAAUAUUUAUAAUUAUUAGUAAUUUAUUACACAAAAAAGCUGAUUCUGUUGAUAGGUGCAUCACUGAGUGAUGUUAGAAGAAUCGUAGGGAAGAUUUAUGAGUAAUUUAAUUUUUAUAUGUGUACAACAAUAAAAUAAUUGAAUACAUUAAUAACGAUUUUGAGCAUAGGUAAUAUUUUACCUUGUUGCCGUGGUAACCUAGAAAUCAAAAAAUAUUUUACAAAAUAUUGCGAUUAUUUCCCCAAUUACCUAUUAUGAAAACUCCUUGGAAAAUCAAAAAAAUAAUUUAAUUAAUUACAAUUAGACCCAAAAUGCAAUAAAUAAUGUCUCUUGUUAUUUUUUGAUUGAAGUAAGAUUUCUGAUAGAAAAGUUGUUUACAGAUUCCAAUUUAAAAAAAAAACAAUUAAUUUUGUUGAUGGAUGCCACUGUUGUUGUUGGGAAGUUGGAAAGGUAGGAUACAUAAGGUUAUUUAAUUUAUAUUUACUGUGAAACCUCCUUUAAUAGAUACCUCCAAAUAGCAGACGUUUUUUUGGGAACGGGACAUUUUCAUUAUUUACAUGUAGGAAAACCUCUAAAUAAAGGAUACUUUAAAUAACUGACACUUUUUAACAUUAAUAUUGAUAGUUUUUAUCAUAAAUUAAGAGUAAUUGUAGAAUACUUAAAUAAAAGUUUACAUUAUUAAGAAAUUUUUAUUACUAUAAAUGUACAUUAUUAUACUGUACAUAUAUAUCUUAUAUUAUCUGUCCAGUUGUUGAAAUAUCAUCAUUUCGAUAAAAUGUUGUAUUUAAUUAAUGUAAAAAUAAAAUAAAAUUUAUUUAUUUAAUUAAUUAAUUAAUUAAUAAAAUAAAAAUAACAUUUUUCCCUCUAAACAGUGGACAUCUUUAAAUAGCAGACAAAGUUUCAGCGACCGAGAGUGUCUGGUAUUUAGAAGUUUCACUGUAUGGUUAGUAAUAAAUCAUUGAUUCUGAGUAAAGUUCGUUUAUACAUGAUUUGAAAGGCCAGUCAAAAAUUUGAUUUUAAAACCUUUAUAAAAAAAAUUACUACAUAAAACUUACCUUUUUUAACUUAUAAUGAACCUCUUGUUAACUUUUUAACCAUUUCUAUUUGAUCAAAUAAUUAUAUCUACAUAGUACCUUCCCAAUAAAAAUACGUAAAAACCUCACAAACAUAAUAUGCCUAUUAGUACAAAAAUUUCCAAUAUGUUUUGAAAAGUUUAUCACCCCUAAAAAAGACCUAUAUAAGUUUUCUGUUAAAAUGUCAAGUUUCUACAUUUUUAAUUGAAUUAAAACAAAAAAAUAAAAUUGAAACCAUUAUUUUUCAUAAACUUUUCUGCAGUUUUUCCCAUUUAUUUAUUAUGCAAACUGCUGAGAAAUAAAAAUAUGACUUAUUCAAUGACUAGAUUAAAAAUGCAAUUAAAAAGAUCCCUGUCAUUAGAACAAUUUUUAUGUUUGAAAAGUUUUUUACAGAUAGAAAAAAAACAUAGUAAAACCCUCGCUCGGCUCAGAAAUAUAAAAAAAAGUACACACAUUAAGUAAAACCAAUAAAUCCCUUGCUAUGCUCAGAAUCUGAUAUUAAGUAUCCAAUAAUUUUAUGAUGUAAACAUUUUUAAAAUGUAACAUAUCUUUAAGUAGAUUAUUCAAUGUUUUAGAUAAUACCAGUAGAAUAUAAUGGCUGUGACUGUGAUUCAUUUGUAUAUUCUGUUUAUGUAAUUAAUAAAAAGUUUUUUUUUCCAGGACUGUUUCUAAUGAUGAUGAUUUGUGGAAUAAUGAAUUAAUUUUAAGUAAUGAUAAUAUGCAGUUAGCUCAUCCGGAACCCAGGCAAGUUUUAACAUGUGCUGGGAGCAGUUCUCUACCACCAAAUUUACCUAAUAAUGUUUGGGAAAAGUAUGCUGUUGUCAUAUUAUUUUCUAUUUCUUUAGAAAAUGAUAAUUAUAAACUAGCAUCUCAAGUUCAAACUACAAUUAUAGUAAAUUAUUCUUUAUAGAGAAGAUAAAUCAAAAUAAAGAUUUUAAUUUACUUUAUUAUAAAUUGAUGAAAUCUAAAUAUAAUUUUUGAUAAUAGAACAAUACAGCAGUAAAAAUCAUUUUAAACUGUGAAUAAUUAUUUAUUAUUAUCUUGUUCAUAUUUAUACAUAUAAAGUUACUAGCUAUUAUUAUUAGGCAUUUCAAAUAAAUUUGGUUUUCUUUUAGUUAUAGAAAUAUUGAGCUUUUACAUAGUGUUUAAAACAUUACAUAUAAAUAAAUAUGUUAUAUUAUAUAAAUAAUAUUUAUAUUUAAAUAAAUUCUAGAGGAAGACAUUUGUUAGAAAAAAGUUAUGUUUAUGUUAUUAUUAUUUUACUAAUUAUACAUAUUUUAAAUGUAGAAAUUAUGAUCUCUGAUGAAUGGAAAGCAUGAUGGCUAAAAAUGUUUUAAUAUAUUCCUUAAAAUGAAUAUUUUAAGUAUUGAUUUGUAGAGUAGGGAAUAUAUAUUUAAACAUAUUUAUGAAGUUUAUAUUUUUAUAGUAUUUUUAAUUUCCUGAUUGAAACUGAAAACCAGCAAAUUGCAUAGUGUUAGAUUGGAUUAAUUCAUAUCAGUAUUUUCAAAUCAGUCUUUCUAAAUCUUAGAUUUAAUAAAAUGCAUAUCAGAUUAUAUACUAUAUAUAUAUUAUAUGUAUAGCUAUUAAAGAAAAAAAAAAUUAAUAAUUUAUUAGAUAUACCUUUGGAAUAGAACAAAAUAUAAAAUUAAAAGUAAAAUAAUUUGUAGGUAUACAAUUUACUUAAAAUUUAAGUAAAUCAUUGCUGAUUCAAAGAAAUAUAUUUGCAGAAUUUAUUANAUACUAUAUAUAUAUUAUAUGUAUAGCUAUUAAAGAAAAAAAAAAUUAAUAAUUUAUUAGAUAUACCUUUGGAAUAGAACAAAAUAUAAAAUUAAAAGUUUCUCAAAUUGAUGAAUUAAAAAAAUAAUUUGUAGGUAUAAAAUUUACUUAAAAUUUAAGUAAAUCAUUGCUGAUUCAAAGAAAUAUAUUUGCAGAAUUUAUUAAAUAUUACAUUUCAUAAAAUUGUGAAACAAAAAUUUAAAAAGAAUAUAUGUAUGCAUAUAUAUAAUAAUAAUGAAAUUGUAACUGUAUAAUAUAAAAAGUAUAUUUUUGAAAAUUAACAUUUAUUAAUAAUAAAAGGAUAUUAUUGAUAAAAAAAAAAAAUAUAUAUGUUUAAAAACUAUUUUAAACUUUAAUUUAUAAAUUCAUUUUUUUUCAGGGAACAUGUCUCAAAACAAAUUGAUACAGUUCAACAUGAUUUAGAAAGUUUGUUGAAAGGAUUAAAUGACAAGUAUACUUUUGAUGCAAAUAUGUUUCUUAAUGUAAAUUAAUUUAUUUUUAUGAAUCGAAAUUACAAUUUAGCAUUUCUAAAAUUUGUUUUCUUUUUUUAUUUAGUUUAUCAAUGAUGACCCUACAAAUUUAAAUUUUCCUCUCAAAUCAGAAGAACAGACACUUAAUGAUGGUAAUGUUAUUUUAUUUUUAAUCUGUUUUAUUUACAAACCUGUCUAUAAUUCAAUCAAAUGAAGAUACUGUAUAGAAAUGGAAAUUUCAGUAAAUUGUAUUUACACCCCCUGUAAAUCAGUAGAUACAAAAUUUGACAAAUUUUAAUUUUAAUUGGUCCCUUGGAGUUCUUUUUUUAUAUAGUUUUCAUUAUGUGCGUAUAUAAAUGUUUAAGUAACAUUGAUUAAAAUAGUUUUUAAAAUCUUUUGUAAUAAAAUUGUAUUAUAAAAAACUUAAUCAUAGUUAAUCAAUAGGUGCAUAAAUAUUUUGAUAUUAUUAUUUUUUCAAAAAAUGUAUUAAUUUUAGUACAAGUACUUAUUAACAGAAUUUACUAACAUAAUAUGUUAUUAUGUUUUUUUUUUGAUUGGAAUUUUAGUAAAAAAUGGGUUGAAUGUUACACCAGACAAUCAAAUUGUGUCAUGUCUAUCACCAAACGCAUAUGAUUUAAAUGAUUUGAUGACAGCUUCUGCUGAUUGGAGUUUACCAAACACGCCUAUAUCUUUUGAAUCAGCAAUUGAAAAUGAAACAUUGAACACGCCACAAGUAUCAGAAUCAUUGUUAAAUUCAGACUCACUUUUUCCAAAUACAACAUUGUCUGAAACUCUUAAAAAGUAAUUCCAUCAAAACAAAAUUUAUGAAAAAUGUGUAUUUCUUUUCAUUGUUAUUAUUAUUAAUGUUUUUCUGGUUAUAUUUUGUUUGUUUUUAGUAUGAACAAUAAAUUAUUGUAAAAAAAAAAAAAA